UAUAUAAGGAAAGAACUUCGCAUUAAGCGAAACCAAGAGCGACAAAACAAUAAAUUAAUUAGAAAGAGCCAAAAGAAAAACAAGGAUCAAAACUUCUUAUUUAGACCUUUGUACAAUCAUCUUCUCCUUUAACAGAUUCUAACUUCUGUUUGAUCAAACGAAGAAGAUACAUGGCAGCCAUAGAUAUGUUCAAUAGCAGCACAGAUCUCUCAGAUCCUUUCAAAGAAGAGCUCAUGAAAGUACUUAAACCUUUUACCAACUCUCUUCCAUGUCUUCCUCCGGUUCCAAACACAAUCUUCGGUUUCAAUCAAACCACACCACUCGGUCUAAACCACCUCACACCUUACCAAAUCAUCCAGAUCCAAAACCAGCUUAACCAAAGACGCAGCACCACCAUCUCAAAUCUCUCUCCAAAGCCAGUACCAAUGAAGAACAUGACCGCUCAGAAACUCUACAGAGGAGUCAGACAAAGACACUGGGGGAAAUGGGUUGCUGAGAUCCGUUUACCCAAGAACCGGACCCGACUCUGGCUCGGAACUUUCGACACAGCUGAAGAAGCAGCCAAGGCUUAUGAUCAAGCUGCUUACAAGCUUCGUGGCGAGGUCGCGAGGCUUAAUUUCCCACACAUGAGGCGCGAGUAUGGACACGGAGGUGGUGAUAGCAGCUUCAAGCCUCUUCAUCCCUCUGUUGAAGCAAAAAUCGAAGCGAUUUGUCAGAGCUUGGUAAAAACAGAGGAUGUUGACCUCCCCUGUUCUGAAACAGAGCUCUUCCCGCCAAAAACAGAGUAUCAAGAAAUUGAAUUUGGGUCUUUGAGAGCUGAUGAGAAUUCGUUUUCAGAUGAGUCUCAGGUGGCGUCUUCGUCACCAGAGUCUGGUAUCACCACUACGUUCUUGGGUUUUUCAGAUUCAAGGUUUGAUGAGAUUGGGAGUUUCGUGCUGGAGAAGUUUCCUUCUGUGGAGAUUGAUUGGGAUGCGAUUAGCAAAUUGUCUGAAUCUUAAAUGAUGUCUCGUAUUAGUUAGUUAAUCUCUGCAACUGAAAUUUUAUACUGUUGUAGAGAAUUGUCUAAGGUUGUCUCUGUUGAAAUCAUCCCUCCAUGUGUUUGGUCUGGCUGGUUCGUGUGUUUUUUAAGAAACCUUGCCAUCGACCAAUCAUCUCAGAGGAGUUUAUGUGUAUUAUCAUUUUAAGUUUCUAAUGAAUGUAUUUUGCUUCC